CGGGGAUUAAUUCAUGGGAAUUCGCAUCUAAAUAAGAGAAAUUUAGGUGCCUCUGAUCUCAGGUCUCCGCAUUGCAACCCCCCACUGCUCUAAUGUUGAGCCUUAGGGUCUGUUCUACGUUCACCUCAACACUUCACCCCAACAUUCGCAGGGAACGCGCUACAGAGUUCCGAUGCUCACAAUCAACAAGCGCCAACUACUACAGGGUCUCCAGUCAUAAUGAAAUGACGGCAGCCACCAAGUUUGUCUUUGCGCCGACCACUACCCUUCGCGCACAUUCGUGGCAUAUUCGUGCUCACGUCGGGUUAAUACUCUCCCGUGCGCGGAUUGCCUCCCUUCUCCAGCCUCUGAUGCGGAAGAGGACCACAACCCGUCUCAUCCAUAAUGCCACAAACCAUGAUGAAAACACCCUCUAUAUCCUCGGUGUGGGAAAUCUAGGGAAGUACGUCGCCUACGCAUUGGCGAAGCAUGUCCCCGACCAGCCCGUCACGCUGCUCUUUCACCGCGAGGGUUUGUUGCAUGAAUGGGACGCAGCCGGUCGGACAAUUGAAUGUAUCGAGGACGGGGAAUCCAGCAGAGAGGGCAGUUUCGCUGUUGAAGUGCUUAGCUCUUCAGACAUCGCGGAGAAAGAUAAUGAGAGUCAGGUUUGCUCAGGGCCACCGAUCAAGCACUUGAUCGUGGCCACUAAGACGUACAAUACCACGGCUGCCCUUCGCCGGGUCAGGAGCCGUUUGAGCCGCGAAUCCAAUAUCCUGUUCCUCCAGAACGGAAUGGGAGCAACUGACGAAGUCUCCGCGGCCCUCUUCCCCGACCCGCAUUCUAGGCCAAGCUACUAUGCGGGAAUCUGCUAUGCGGGCAUCUACAGCAAACCACCGUUUGGUUUCGUCCACGCCGGUCGGGGAGCCCUGACUCUCGGUCAAGUGGAUUCCCUCGAAGACGCGGUCUCAGCAAGGAGGACUGCCCGUGACAAUAUCCUGCUUCACUCUCUCUCUGCCGCCGGGCCGACCCUCGGCACCGAGCUUGUCACUCCUAUGCAGCUCCGUGUAGCCCAGCUCUACAAACUUGCCGUCAACUCAACCAUCAACCCUUUCAGCGUAGUCUUCAACUGCAAAAACGGCCGUGUUGUUGAAUCCGAAACACAAAGGGAGGCCCUCAACCAGCUGCUUCUCCAUGAAACCGGUCCCAUACUCCGCGCCCUGCUUCCCGAUGGGGUACCAACACACUUGCGGGACAUGUUUCAACACGACAAGCUUGUCGAGCUUGUGUUCCAGGUGGCCAAGGACACAGCAAACAACUUCAGCUCCAUGUUACAGGACGUGCGGGCCGGGAGGCAAACAGAGGUAGACUACAUAAAUGGAUAUCUUGUGCGGAAGGCUGAGGAUCACGGCAUCGAAACACCGCGGAAUGCAGGAUUGGCGGAGUUUGUCAAA